GUCAAGACGUGACAGGUGGCAUUUAGGAACGGUCCCGCGUGACCUCGUAGCGCACUGCGACUGCGGGUAGCAGCCAGCCCAUCGACGAUAACAGAAGGCAGAAAGAUUAGUCAUUACUUGUUGAAAGAAAGGAUUCGUUGGCGAAAACGGCCUGGAAAUGGCCCAACUGAGGAUGAAGGCAUGGAAAUGCCCCACCGACGAGUUGUCGUUGUCAAACUGUGCCAUUACCAACCCUGGGGACUUUCCUGAUGAUGUGAAGCACAUUGAAGUUACAACUGGCCCUUCCCAGCACUUUGUCUUCACUAUCCGAGCUCACCAUGAAGUGCCUCCUGGCUGCAUUGGAUUUAAUUUGCCUCAGCGCAAAUGGGCUUGCCUGUCUCUUAACCAGGAAAUAAAUGUUCGCCCGUAUUACUUCAAUGCUACCUCCAGCUUGGAAUGUCUGAGCAAUGUCACUCUGGAGGCUGAUUUUCUUCAAAAGAAGACAGUGACCACUGAGCCGUAUGACACAAACCAAAUGGCAAAGGAGUUCCAGAUGCAAUUUACUGGACAGGCCUUCACUGUGGGACAGCAACUAGCUUUCAGUUUUGCUGGAAAGAAGAUGUUGUCAAUUGCCAUCAAAAGUCUUGAAGCUGCUGACCUCAAUGCAAUCAAGGCGGGACAAAAUGCCAAGCCAGUCCCUACCAGAAUGGGAAGGCUUUUGGCAGACACCUCCAUUACAUUUGAAAAAGCAGAAAACUCCUCCUUGAAUCUGGUUGGAACAGCCAAGGGAAAAGUUGUGCGCCAGUCCAUUAUCAAUCCCGACUGGGACUUCCAAAAAAUGGGUGUUGGUGGCUUGGAUAAUGAGUUCAAUGCCAUCUUCAGGCGAGCUUUUGCAUCUCGUGUGUUCCCACCAGAAGUAGUUGAACAAUUAGGAUGCAAGCAUGUUAAGGGUAUCCUUUUGUAUGGACCCCCUGGUACUGGUAAAACAUUAAUGGCGAGACAAAUUGGAAAAAUGUUAAAUGCAAGGGAACCCAAAAUUGUUAACGGACCUCAGAUUCUUGAUAAAUAUGUUGGUGAAUCUGAAGCCAAUGUGAGGCGCCUUUUUGCUGAUGCUGAAGAGGAGGAGAAGCGACUUGGCCCAAACAGUGGUUUGCACAUUAUUAUUUUCGAUGAAAUAGAUGCAAUUUGCAAGGCUCGUGGGUCAGUAGCUGGCAACACUGGUGUUCAUGAUACUGUGGUCAAUCAGCUUCUUGCCAAAAUUGAUGGCGUGGAACAGUUGAACAACAUUCUUGUGAUUGGUAUGACCAAUCGUCGAGACAUGAUUGAUGAGGCGCUCUUGCGGCCUGGCCGUCUUGAGGUUCAAAUGGAAAUUGGUUUACCGAAUGAAAAUGGACGGCAUCAGAUUCUUAAUAUCCACACUGCAAGGAUGAAGGAAUACAAGAAAAUCAAUCCAGAUGUUGAUACAAAGGAAUUGGCUACUCUCACAAAGAACUUCAGUGGUGCUGAACUGGAGGGUUUGGUUCGUGCAGCUCAGUCAACAGCCAUGAACAGGCUAAUUAAAGCAGCCAGCAAGGUUGAAGUUGAUCCUGAGGCAAUGGAAAAACUUCUUGUUAAUCGUGGUGACUUUUUACAUGCUCUUGAGCAUGAUGUCAAGCCUGCAUUUGGAUCCAGUGCUGAGGCUCUUGACCACUACCUUGCCCGAGGCAUCAUUACCUGGGGCACUCCUGUCAGCAAUCUUCUUGAGGAUGGCAUGCUACUCAUCCAGCAGGCCCGCUCCACAGAAUCAUCAGGCCUUGUUUCCGUAUUGUUAGAAGGUCCUCCAAACUCUGGAAAAACUGCUCUUGCUGCUCAGUUGGCCAAGAACUCAGAUUUCCCCUUUGUCAAAGUAUGCUCUCCAGAGGAGAUGGUUGGAUUCACAGAAUCAUCAAAAUGCCUUCAGAUCCGCAAGUACUUCGAUGAUGCUUACCGUUCAGUGUUAAGCUGUGUUUUGGUGGAUAAUAUUGAGCGUCUACUUGAUUAUGGUUCGAUUGGACCUCGCUAUUCUAACUUGACCCUGCAAGCACUUCUUGUGCUUCUCAAGAAAGAGCCACCACGUGGACGAAAACUGCUUGUUUUGUGCACUACAAGUCGCAAGGAAGUUUUGAAGGACAUGGAGAUGCUAUCCUGCUUUACUGCAGUGCUGCAUGUCCAUAGUCUGACGAAGCCUGAGCACUUGACUGCAGUCCUGGAGGAGUCGGCUGUCUUCAGUCCAAGAGAAAUUCAAGACAUAGCACGCAAACUUAAAGGACAAAAGCUGUUCAUCGGUAUCAAGAAGCUGCUGGCACUGCUUGACAUGGCUCGUCAGACAGAAGAGCAGUAUCGUGUGGUCAAGUUCCUGACCAAGCUUGAAGAAGAAGGAGGCCUGGACUCCGGAUCAACUCUUCAGUAAUCAAUGGAGGAUCUCUUAACAAUGAUGAAGUUUUUAUUGUUGCUUAUGGAAGUAUUUGCAAUGUUACUUGUAAUCAACCAAUGCAAUAUAGGAUCUGUGUUUUUACAGAUCAUUUUCCAUUUCUUUUGUUUGCUCAGUGCAUUUGUCCUGUGUAGUGCUAUGGAUUUUUUAAAAUUUGGAAGACCUCUCUUGGUGAAAUUAUAACAAAAAUGUGUUUCUAUCAGAGAUUUAGUGUUACUUGAGCUAGUCAUGCCUUGGCAUUUGAAUGCUCUGAUUAAUUUAUUGUUGAUUUGAUGUAGUAGAAAGAAUUGCAUUAUGAAGGAGUACAAAGAGCAACUUUUAGCUUUGUUGUGUUUUCAUUUAUAUUAAAUGAUUUUUGUUGCAUUCCUUGAUUGAAGAGGAAUCAUUUAUUUAAUCUGGUUUACUGGCUAACCCUGUUACCUUUGAGGUUGGAGAAACUUAGUACGUAUCAGAGUCCUUUUUAUAUCACACCCUCAAAUUAUAACACCAUAGAAUUUAGGGCUUCUUUGAUACUUUUUUUAAUACGUUUUGUAACUAGUUUGUGACUUAAUUGGCUUGUUGUAUGUUUAUUGUUUUUUAUUUUGGUUUAGUUAUAAUUUUAACGUUGCAUUCAUCAGUAUUUUCCUACUUUUUGCUCUUAAAUGUUUUUAUAGACUGAAUGUAACUUCAGUAGUCCAGAAUUAAUUUUAUUUUCUUGUUCCUAUGCAAUGGUUUUGUCUUGUUCCAUGAUUAAGUGUCUGUUGUAUUAUUCUUGGAGAUGUUUUUUUAUUGCUAUCUCUGUACUCUUUCUGCUUGUAGUGUAGUAUAUUACUGUGGUGUCCUCUUGGUAUCUAUCAAAUAGGUGUCUUAUUGCUGCAGAGCACCAUUCUUUGCACCUUCUCUUGAAUCUCUAAAAGUAUCUUUGCACUAUUAGUCUCAACUCUCCUUUUGGUGUCCUACCAAGAACCUUUCUGUGCUCUCUUGGACCCAAUUGCUCAUUAACUACACUUAAUCGUGUUUUUCUGUUGAAUUUCUCUUAGUUUGUUUUCAGAACUAGUGUGAAUACUGUUGCCCUGCAAGCACUGUUGCACUAAUCACCGUACUUUUAAUCAAGAAAGAUAAAUGUUCGUAUCCCAUCUAAGAUGCUUUCUUUCUGCAAGGCCUUCCUUGUAUACCGGAUGUAUUUAUGUGUACUUUCUUCUUCGACAUCUCUUUCAUCCCUUUGUAUAAUUGCAUAUGGCUGUUGUGAUGUGUUGUUCUGGUGGUGUUUAGACUUAAAACUUGUUAAAGUUAUUAAAAAAUUUCUGCGGAAUAGUCUUAAAUAGUGAAAAGUUGUCCUAGUUCUGAUUAUUUUGAUCUAAAAUGUUCAAAUUGUGUGGUUGAGAAGAUUGGAGGAGACUUGAGGGAAUUAUUUCAAGUCUGGUAGUUUUUUUGUGGCUGGUGAUAGUGUUAUCCACUGCAGUUGUUGGUAAGGUUGUUCCCCUCUUUGUGUUGAUCAUUGAUUUGGCUGUGGUAGCAGGGCUAUGCAUUUGAAUACUGUGUAACAUUGUUAAUUUUAGGUUUAUAAUUUGUAGCAGCACAUGUACUUGUCAAUUUUUGUAGCUUUUCUCACAGUGACUCAAUCCCAGCAUGGUCUGGCUCAUGUAUUCGAAAAAUCACAAUGAUGUGAUUGUUCAAGGGCAAUUUAUGUCAAUUAAAAACUUGUCACUUUUUGUUGCAUGUGGACAUGACCCACAUUGUUACUUACUUCAUUAGCAGAGCUUAAAGGAUUUUUAAAAUUUGGGUUUUGUUAAGAAAAUUGCCUAAAUGUGCCAUUUUGAAAUAGGCUUGAGGGAACAUUUUUUAAACAUAUCUAACUUGGGUUUGACCCUCUUCCCUUGUGCUAAUUCCUCCAUUUUUGCUAUCAAACCAUGGUUGGUGAUCAUGUUUGCAUUAUAAUCCACUCCUCGUAAUGUUGCAUUC